UGGAACUGAGCCGACCUCUACGUCACAGUUUUUCCGACCCGGUCACACGUUGGGCGCCAUCAGUUAAUCACGAUAUAACGGUUGUUUCAAUCGUACGAUGAAUGUAAAUGAUAAACUGUGAACCGAGUGACGUGAAAGAAGCAGAUAUAUUUUUUUAAAUUGUGCCGUGUUUUUUUUAAAUUUAAAGCAAGUCGAUUAAAAAACAAAUAAGUGAUUACGAAACUAGUGUUAAAAAAACAUAAAAUAAAUUGUGUAGUGGUUUUUAUUGUGGUUCCAAGCUAACAUUGAAAGCAGUUAAUAAACUUCAUAUUUGAACUAUAAUAUGACGAGAGGCUGCGAAAUGUGUCAACGAUGAAGAUAGUACAAAAUGAUCGAGUGCAGCCGGUCACACAUCGUACCAUGUGAGACGAAACGAGAAUGAGAGGGAAAAUCAUCGUAACGACCAAGAUGCUGUUUUCGUUGCUGUUACACUGCUUCUGUGUUGCUACAACCGCUUCGAUCCCUAGUGGAGGUCUACUCGCAGCCACCAGCAAUGGCAGCCCAGAGACCAUCAGAGUCGAGCGGCCAUACUUCGACGAUGUGUCUCCGAGGAACGUGUCCACCGUGGUGGGACAGUCAGCAGUCUUGCGCUGCAGAGCCAAGCAUAUAGGGAAUAGAACUGUCUCUUGGAUGAGAAAACGCGACCUUCACAUCCUAACCUCCCACAUAUUCACGUACACCGGUGACGCCAGGUUCAGCGUUCUCCAUCCCGAACCUUCGGACGACUGGGACUUGAAGAUCGACUACGUUCAGCCGAGAGACGCGGGGGUCUACGAGUGCCAGAUCAACACUGAACCUAAAAUAAACAUGGCGGUGGUUUUGAACGUGGAAGAUGAGUCCCACACCCCCGCGACCUCGGCCCCGCCCCGCUCCUCAGCUGCUGCGGCUACCAUAUGGGGCUCCCAGGACGUCUACGUGAAGAAAGGGAGCACAAUAUCGCUGACGUGUUCGGUGAACGUCCAUUCGUCGCCACCCUCCAGCGCCUCGGUCUUGUGGUACCACGGAAACGCUGUGGUAGACUUUGACUCGCCCAGAGGCGGCAUAAGCCUGGAAACGGAGAAAACCGAAGGUGGAACCACCAGCAAGUUGCUCGUGACGAAAGCAGCGCUCACUGACUCCGGAAACUACACGUGCGUCCCGAACAACGCACAUCCCGCCUCGGUUUCUGUACACGUGCUUAAUGGUGAGCACCCCGCUGCAAUGCAAACGAGUAACAAAGCGUCGUCCUACCUGACGUCGCAGCUGAGCUGUGCCAUCCUCACGUACCUCCUCUCCUCGACCGUUGGCAGAUGAUCAGCUUAACUCCUAAUCACGAGGCGUGAGCUUUUGAAAUUAACUUAUCUCUAUCCACCAGCGCACGAAUGUAAAUUUACUUUGAAUUUUUAUGAUUGGGAAUUUUAAUUGUAUUUUCUUAUUGCUAAAUUUGCCUUGUAAUGUAACAUUAAAAUCAUUAUACAAAUCUGGUUGUGAAAACAUCUAUACAAUAUCUACAUUCCCAAGCGUCUAUGUUUAUAAAAUUUCAUUUCAACACAAAAGCUCUCGCCAAACGCGUUGUAGAUUUUUUAACGUAGAUUGACUUAAGUAUUACUUUAAGUGAGUUCUGUGUUAAAUUAAUUAUAACUAUAAAAUACACUGAAAAAGGUUUACCGGUGGCGGGGCACGAAGGAGCCCUUUGGGACUCUACCACAGUCCGGUCUAUUGUUGCCGCAGAGCAAUGAUCUCUUGCACUCCGAUGCAAUACAGACUUCAAUAUAAAAAUGAUCGCUUAGCACCAGAUGAUAGGUCAAGAGAUCCUUGACUCAUAUGCUCUUUUGAAACUCGAUAACAACAAUUUUUACAUUGUUAACUUGAUCAACGAACCAAUUGUUUGACAAAGUUAUUCCCGUAAUUAUAUUUAAUAAUUAUUAUUUAGUAAGUUUUGUAAGUAAGUAAAAAAAAUAGUAACAAAACUGAAUACUGUAAAAUGGUUUUUGAAAUCAGCCCAGUAAAGCGAACAUUAUAAUAUAAUAUGAUGUUAGUUUACUGUGAGAGGUUUUUGUUGAUGUGCUGUUUGCUCAAUAUUUAUUUAUAGUACCUGAGUCUGUAUGAAAUUAUAAGAGAAGUCGAUCAGUGUCUAUUGGGAAUCCGACUGAUAGAACGAUGAAACGUGAUCUUCAGUAAUAGAACGCCAGAAAAAUUACGACACAGAAUUAACAUAAUGUGUAUUUGGGAAAUGGAAGCUCACGAAUGAUUGUUUUCAGUUAAUUUAACUAGAGCCAAAGUAGAAAGCGCGUGGCUGAUAUAAUAUUAAGUAACAGUCGUAAAUCAGAACUUGGACUGACUUCCGGUGUGCAGCCUUAUUCUGUCUACACACCACGGCAGCCGUGCACGAGCGUCAAAGCUUACAGAGCAUCUAACGCAGCUUCACACAAAAAGUUCCGACGACGAUAAGUAAUAAUGUAAAUUGGACACUUUUGUACAUAAAUUUAAUACGUAAUAGUAGACGUUCGCAUUGUAAAUAUAACAUAUAAUGUACAUAAUAAAUGUUUAUUUGUAACAUAAGUAGUGCCACCAUUCGUGUGGUGAAAAAUGUUUCACUUCUGUUCUUAGAACGAUUUAUUGUAUUGCGAUCCGGAGAUCCGUUCAGUUAGAAUUUAAUUAAUCGAUUUUGCUGGAAUCAUAACCGAGAUAAGUUAAUAAGUGAUAUUUGGAAGGGAGGAUUACUGGUGGGCCGGAGACCUUUCCAGUUUCUCAAGAACAGGUCAUUCAGCCCGGAGGGGUGAGAUAUGCUAACAACUGCCCAAGCGACUCCGAAAGCGCCUUCAGAGCUCAAGGGCAGCUGCUUCGCGAAUGUAAUAGAUGGUAUCUAGAAUCACAAUUAUUUUAUAUAACAAAAUCAGUUUUAUCAGCGGUUUUAUUUUAACAGACCUGCUCUGUAGCACGUGUAACUUGACACGUAACAUCGGACAGACAAAACUUUACCUGUAACUAUCAAGCUCAGAGAUCAAUGUAUGCGCGCUCCCCGUCGUAUGUACAGUCGCACAUAGCUCACAGCUGUAUAUUCAUACGCAGCUAUAAUAUCGAAACAUUGUACAACACAAGCCCACCUGAAACUUUACGUACCUUUGAUAUUAAGGUUCGCGUUGCAGUGUCAGAUAAGUUUGUUCUGUACAUUUCUGAUGCGGAGUUAGCGCAACCUGCUGUAUCAUCAGGGAUGUCAGGAACGGCGUAUGCAAAAUUAUUCGAGAGCCAGUUUGGUAAAAUUCUGGAACUGAUUGCAAUGCAAGUACGGGUGGUAACUAAACUAAAAACUAAUCUCUGAGGUCGUGCUAGGUGUGCUGCCGAUAGUUCUUAAUCAUUUUAUUAAGUCGUCGUGGCCUAAAGGAUAAGACGUCCGGUGAAUUCGUAUCUAACGAUGCACUGCUGUUCGAAUCCUGCAGGCGGGUACCAAUAUUUCUAAGGAAAUACGUGCUUAAGAAAUCUUCACGAUUGACUUCUACGGUGAAGGAAUAACAGCGUCUAAUAAAAAUCAAACCCGCAAAGCUAUAAUUUUCAAAAUUACAGGUGGUAGGACGUCCUGUGAGUCCGCACGGGUGGGUACCACCGCCCUGCCUAAUUCUGCCGUGAAGCAUUGGUUUCGGUUUGAAGGAUGGGGCAACUGUUGUAACUAUACUGUGACAUUCGAACUCAUAUCUCAAGGUGGGUGGUGGCAUUUACGUUGCAGAUGUCUAUGGGCUCCCAGUAACCGCCUAACACCAGGUGGGCUGUGAGCUCGACCACCCAUCUAAGCAAUAAAAUAUAUAUAAUUGAAUAAUCUUUCAGAACGGAUUAUGCACAGACAGACAGAGCAGUGGUAAACAGUAGACAUUCGGAGGGUUGCUGAAUACCAUUGAACUUAUUAUAGUUCCACAUUGUGCAGUCGUCACAUGUUUGUGGCUUGUGUGUAGUGAAUGCCCCGCGGCGCUGCGCCGGCCCGGCCCCCUAGAGUAAGAUCCCAGGGCCGCCAGACGUCACGUAUUUUCUGACGAACGAAAUGUGGCCGAUUGCGUAGUGUUAGUAUGUCCUAAGAACACAUGCCUAUCCUGCUAGCUUGCUUAGACGGCCAAUUUUAAGGCGACCUACACUACGCAAUCGGCCACAUUACGUUCGUCAGAAAAUACGUGACGUCUGGUGGCCCUGGGAUCUUGGACUAUCCGCUGUCGAGUUGCCGCCAGCAACUAAGUUUCAACUGAACGGAGCUCCGUCGUAACUCGUAGGUGAUAAAGACAAAUAAAAUAAUUUAAAUUCUAUCAAAUGUUUUUAAUCAAAGUGUUUAUACGAGUAUGACGCGUUAUGUUUUUAUUCUUUAUUCAUGUUGAUUCAAUAUAUUUGGAGCCACAGCUCAUCCAUCACACGGAGGUCUACUGAGCCGAUCGAUUUCAUUUCCACUUAGUAAAUUGUCAUGGGAAACAAAUGUUUACAGUAUAGAUUCUUUUAUUUUUUAAAUAUCAAGAACACAUCAAACGCCUUAACAAAAUUUGGCGUAAUAUUUUAUUUGAAAUCAUAAUGUUGUUUGUUAGUUGGCCCGAAAUAUAAAAACUGUGUUGAUGUCCAAAAACCAUAAUAUAUUACUACCCUAUUGUUAAUACUUGUCUUUUUAUUAAAUCAAUCUUUUAUGAACGCGCAAUGUACUCCGAUGCUAGUGCACGACAUCAGCAUCAGCGUUAUAUCUGACAACAAAUCUUUUGGCUGUGCUGAUUUUCAAUAGCAUAUAAAGAUCGGUUUCGAGAAACUCAUAAAAAUGUGCUAAAAAGUUUUAUUUCAUCAAAUAUUUUUGUAUAUAUGCAAUGGUUUUGUUUUUGAGAAUAUUUCAAUUCACGUUGGGCACGCCAAUUGUGUAUGUCGCUUAAAAAACCUUGCCCAGCCUUUCCAUCUCCAUCCACAUAAAAAUAAUGAAAUUGAAUCAACAUGUCUCUAAUGCUAUUAAAAAUCUAAAUGAAAAUCUCUUGUACACUUGUAUAGUAGUUAUCUAAUUAUUCUAAUAGCGUUGUAGAUGAUAUAAUAUUAAAUAGAUAUGUUCCUUAAAACGAAUGUAGAGCAAUGUUGGUGAGUGUAAUUAAUUGUAUGAUUACGCGAUUUUUGAAAUAACGUGACAUAUUGCGUUAAACUGAGAAUAAUUUUUAUUUCAAACAAUUUGUAAAUAUUACUAUUAUAAGCGAAAAAAGGGAUUAUUAAUAAACAUUUUAAAAAAUAUAUAAA